AUGCCUGUCGUCUCGCGCUUGGUGUCUAUCCCCCUCCGCAUCGCGGAAAUUGCCUUUGCUGCUGUCGUCGCUGGUAUCAUUGGACAUUACUUGGCCUCCUAUGAUUCUAUUGAACCGUGGCCUGAAGCUCGCUGGAUCUAUACGGAAGUUAUUGCUGGCUUGUCUAUGCUUAUGGGCUUGAUCUGGUUGAUUCCAUUCGCUUCUGGGUUCUUCUCGUGGCCGCUUGAUGUUCUCAUCUCCUUUGCUUGGUUCGCGGCAUUCGGUAUUUUGGUCGACGCCAUCAAGCAUCUUCCCUGCGGCAGUAUCUGGUCCUGGCACUUCAGAGGUAACGGGGCUUGCGGGCGCUGGAAGGCUGCUGAGGCAUUCAGCUUCUUAUCUGCUAUUGUCUGGCUUGUCUCGGCCCUUGUGGGUGUUUGGUUUACCUUCCGUGUCCGCGAUACUGGAGCUGGUUCCACUCGCCGUCGCUGGGGUCGCUCUCGUGGUGCUGCUGCCGCUCCCGCCGCCACCGCAUAA